GUCAUGAAUGUCGAACGGUAAAUGAGAAACGUUAAAUAAGUCGGCGGAUAACUCUGCGUUUUCACGGCCAGGGUUCCGCCUAAUGAUUGUGACUUAAGAUGGGUUCACACACACUGGAAGUGGUGAGACAGGGCCUUUGGGGUUCGUUAACUGGAGGGUGGUAUUUCGACCCACAUCAGAGUAUUUUCUGCAACACACUCCACCUGUAUUUAUGGCUCUUCCUGCUGUGUUUUCCAUUGGGUUUGUACAUGGCCUUUACCCCUGUGCCGUUGAUAUGGGCCAUCUACUCCAUCCUGACCUGUCUUCUCUUCACAUGCAUCAAGUUCAUCAGCUUUCGCAUGCACAGAACCUUUGACAGCGGAGAGGAGGCAGUUGAAGGGGAAGAGACAGAUAACAAACCUGGGGAGAGUGAAGAAAACGGCAAAGAUGAGACAGAAGACAAUGAGGAGGAUGGGUUCAGCGCCAACGGCCACCAGAAGACAAAAUUUGGGAUGCAAGAAGAUGCCAUUGAGCUUGAGGAGCUGAACAGCAAUCCUCAACAUGUGACGUCAUCACGCAGAGAAGCAUCUAGGGAGUCCUAUCCUCAAGACAGUGACAAGGGAGCAUGGAGUGACAAGGAUUUACCCGGCAGCAUCCGUGUUGAGAUCCACCCCCAGCAGGACCCACCGAAGAACCACCUGGACGAGUCUCUCUCUCAGGCCUUGGACGCCCUGGAUGUCAUGGAGAAAGACCUCAAACUAGAGACAAUGCGCUCAUUUUUAAAACACCAAGAUCGUGUAGCUCGAUCUUUAGAGGCCGGAGAAGGGGAGGAUAGCUUUUCCUCGUCGGCUACCUUCACAGCUGAAAAUGAAAGAGCACCAACAACAAGGUUUAGAGGAACUCAUGGUUCACCACAUAGCAGAAAGAAACGGCAGAUAUUGCCGCUUGAUCCAUUGGACAGACAAAGAAACCGGACUUCAAUGGGAACAAACACAACAAGGGGUUCGUCCUCAAAAGGCCCAUCGAGCACAGAACUUGGAAGUGACACAGACUUCAAACCCGAGAGAGGUGUCUUGGACUCGGUCCCUGCCUCGUUGUCAACCGUAUCUAUGCAAGAGCAAAGCUUUGGUGCCCCUCAGGGCAAGCUUACAAAACGUGACUUAGAGAGUUGCCCCCACCUUGGUCUGUCCAGCAUCACUCCACGUGCCGACUCAGACUCGUUGCUCGCUAUGCUAACAAAAGAAAGAACUCCAGAACAAGAGAUAGAGUCCAAAGAGGAAGCUCGCAGGAGAACUAAGAGCAGUAGUGGUGGGGAAAGAACCCGUAACAGGCAUUCAGCAGAGCAGCUGACCUCAUCAGGUAGGCAAGGAAGGUUUAGUUUCCUGGAUGGUUCAGGAAGGCAUUCCUUGACUCCUCCUGGUCGACGGAGAGCCUUCUCAGGUGGGCGACAAAGCGGAGCGAGGAACAGACGCAAGACCGACAGAAAAGAGCCCGCCUCUCCAAUUGAGGAAAACAACAAUGAGGUGAAACAAUCCCCCGAUUUAAAGCACAAAAAGGGGAACAACAGAACUCACAGUCCAGCAGGGGGUAGGAGGCAAGUGCCUCCUGAUAAUUAUGCAAAUUCCUCCCAGAAACAACAAUCUCCAACGCAAAUACGAACAUCACCUCAAACGGGUGCAACAGGCGGGGCAGCACGCUCACGGAACUUAUCGGACAGUGUGUCGGAGGACUCCCUGGAUAUUAUUGUAAAAAAUGUACUUGGCUGUGGAGUCCAAAUUGACGAGAACUGUGACUCGAGCCAAACGUUAACCUCUUCGUCGAAAAACAAAAGGCCGGGUCAUGGUGUGAUCAGCUCAAGCUCGGAUGACGACAGUACCAUAGUGUCUGAAAAUUCUGCGUUCUUGGGGUCGUCUGGUAAUGCCACAAGUUCAAGAAGUACAUCAAGCUCCACUGGAAUACAGUGGUUAUUCGGAACAGAGGGAGAGAGUUCAUUAGAUAAAGGGGGUGAUCAUGGUAAACCAAGGGAGAGGGAUACUUCACCCAGCUGUCCUGACCGAACCAAAGAGGGCGCCAUACCAAAGAGGAAGACCCGCACAAAUAACAGUACUAGCCAAAGUGAGGAAGAUGUUAAGCUGGAGGCCGACCCUAAUACUAGCCAGGAGAGCGGAGGGAGUAACAGCACUAGACUAAUUGACAGGAUGAUGAAGCAUGUGUUGCGGGAGGAAUCAUUACGAUUCCAGCUGGAGGAUGCAGUCAAUCCAAGCAUUAGACGAGCUAGACGACGGGCAAGGUACAUGAGCUCGACCAGCGAGUCCAGACAACGAAGAGGAGACGGCAGCUCUUCCAGCAUCGCCAGACGGAGACGAGAACCCAGGAAGAAUUCUCAUCCUCCCUCAUCUCCUUAUCUUGCUGCUCUUGCAUCCAUGGCAAGGGGUGAGGGUAGGUACAUGGCCUCAGCUCACAAUGAUUCAUCACCGGGAUCAGUUCACUGCUUUCAGGAUGAACACGGUAACUGGAUGACGUACACAUUUGAUGAGAAUAGCCCUGGUUUGGCGCAGAGACUGGAGGCCGAGAAGGUCCCGGACGUCUCACCGGCUGAACCAGAGAAACAGUCUUGUGAUUGGCCAGACAGUUCAAGUUGCCAUUCGGAUUCCACUGUCAUCACUCUACCCAAAUCAUCCGGUGCUACCCUCGACGGAGGAGGGCCCUCACCGGACAUCAACCUCCCCGGCUCCAUCCUCUUCAAUCUCACCAACCAACACUCUGCAACAAGCCAGAACUGGGAGCUUCCUCGCAACUUCCUGAGCGAGCUCGGCCUUCAGAGUCUCAUCGAGGACGUGAGGAGGCAGAACAGCGAUCAGAGCACCAGGGACGAAGCCCAUAGUAUUAUCAGUCUGGAUAGGAGUAGGAGGAGAGAGAAGGCAAAGGUCAAACAUAACUACAGGUUCUGGAUCCUCCCGUGGAGGUCGUUACGGGUCACAUUUGAUCGUUUGGCGUUCCUGGCCCUGUUUGACAGGAAUCGUACUUCACUGGAGAGUUUGAUAGCUGUUCUUCUAUCCAUCCUAGUAUCACUCCUUGGCUUUGCUGUACUCAGUCAAGGAUACUUCUAUGAUUUCUGGGUCUUCUGGUUCUGCUUUGUGCUUGCCAGCUGUCAGUACUCGCUGCUUAAGAGCGUUCAACCAGAUGCAGCGUCACCUAUGCAUGGUCACAACCAGAUCAUACCGUACAGCCGACCGAUGUAUUUCUGUUUCUGCUCUGGUCUUAUUCUACUUCUAGAUUAUUGCAGUAAUCAGCCCAUAUUGUACCAGACUGCCCCCAGUCUAUAUGGGAUAUCAAUAGGGGGGCAGGCCUUGUUCCUGCUAGGCAGGGAUAUUCUUAUAGUGUUUGUAUUAUGCUUUCCACUCAUCUUCCUGAUAGGACUCUUACCACAGUGCAAUACAUUUGCUACAUACCUCCUGGAGGUUAUAGAUGUACAUAUAUUUGGUGGAAAUGCAACCACCGGUCUUAGCGCAGCACUUUAUUCAUUAGCCCGAAGCAUUACAGCAGUCUUGUUACUUGUUGGAUUUGCAGUUGGUGCUUUAAAGGAACCCUCCUUAACGUCCAAGCACCUGUUAUUCUCAGUGUUUUGUGGCCUACUAGUGGCAGUCAGCUACCAUCUCAGCCGUAGUGCCUCCGACCCAAACGUCUUGUGGUCAAUUAUUAAGAAAUUUGUUGUGACGGAACCGGACGCAAAGCCUGAGGGAUCCCAUGAUGAAAUCAAAGAUCCGUUGCCAAGGAAGCUCCAGAAAUCUGUGUGUGAGAGGCUUCAAUCAGACCUCAUUGUGUGCCUCCUGUACAUCAUCAUCUUAUUCAGUGUCCACGCUAGCACCGUCUUCACCGUGCUUCAGCCAGGGCUCAGCUUUGUGUUGUUUGGUAUUGCUGUGGUGCUCGGAUUCCUACUGCAUUAUGUCUUGCCACAGCUGCGGAAGGAACUACCCUGGUUGUGUAUAUCACACCCGCUGCUUAAAAAUCAUGAGUACUUGCAGUUUGAAGUAAGAGAUGCAGCAAAAGUCAUGUGGUUUGAGAGGAUCUUUGUGUUCCUGUGCUUUGUGGAGCGCAACGUUGUGUACCCAUUGGUGUUCCUCUGUGGUCUAACGACGUCCGCCCAGAGACUUGCAGAUGAAUUUUCACCGAUAGGUGGUGCCUUUAUUGUGACAGUCUGUGGACUUAAACUUCUCCGUAGUGCCUUCUCUAACACAGCGACCCAGUACCCUAUCCUGACCCUCACCGUACUCUUCUUCAAGUAUGACUUUCAUGAUGACACCAUCUUGCUGGAACUCUUUGUCGUCAACUACUUCUUAAUGUCUAUUUUUGUUCACAAGCUCCAUGAGUGGAUACUGAAGAUGAAGUUUGUCUUUACUUACAUCGCUCCAUGGCAGAUCACCUGGGGAUCAGCAUUCCACGCAUUCGCUCAACCGUUUAGUGUUCCUCACUCUGCUAUGCUGCUCCUACAGACCAUUAUAUCAGCGUUUUUCUCCACACCUCUCAACCCCAUGCUGGGCAGUGCAAUAUUUAUCACUUCUUAUCUCAGACCGAUGAAAUUCUGGGAGAGAGAUUAUAACACCAAACGAGUGGACCAUUCCAAUACACGACUUUCCACCCAACUAGACAAGAACCCAGGCUCCGAUGAUAACAAUCUCAACUCCAUCUUCUACGAGCACCUGACCCGUUCCCUCCAGGAGACCCUCUGUGGUGACCUGACGCUAGGCCGCUGGGGUAGGGUUAACGCCGGGGACUGCUUCAUCUUAGCCUCGGACUACCUCAAUGCUCUGGUCCAUGUCAUCGAGAUUGGAAGUGGGCUGGUUACAUUUCAGCUCAGGGGGUUGGAGUUCAGAGGAACAUACUGUCAGCAGAGAGAAGUUGAAGCUAUAACUGAAGGAGUUGAUGACGAUGAUGGUUGUUGCUGCUGCUAUCCCGGUCACCUUCCCCAUUUCCUCUCAGCUAAUGCUGCAUUCAGCCAACGGUGGUUAGCGUGGGAGGUCAUAGCUAGCAAGUAUAUACUACAGGGUUAUAGCAUAUCAGACAACUGUGCUGCCUCCAUGCUACAGGUCUUUGAUCUACGCAAGAUACUAAUUACUUAUUAUGUCAAGAGCAUCAUCUACUACGUGGUUCGCUGCCCUAAGCUCGAGCAAUGGGUCAAUGAUGAGAUUCUUCAGGAGGCACUUAGGACGUGUAACGACGACGCCUACACCGACUGCGACCCAACCUUCACUCCGAAGAUUGACGAGGACUACGAUCUGAGACAGAGCGGUAUCUCUAGAGAUAGCUUCUGUAAUUGUUACCUUGGGUGGAUCCAGCAUUGUGUCGGAAGACGGCAGGAGGAGCUUGACAGUACCAAGCAGUCUUGGCUGGUAACCCUAUGCUUUGCCUUGUGUUUGCUGGGUAGAAGGGCACUGGGUACCGCUUCACAUCAUCUGUCAACAAGCAUCCUGGAAUCUUUUCUGUAUGGUCUUCACGCAUUGUUCAAGGGAGAUUUCCGUAUCACGUCAGUCAAAGAUGAGUGGGUGUUUACUGAUGUGGAGAUGUUAAGAAGAUGUGUUGCGCCAGGGGUCAGAAUGUCUCUCAAACUACACCAGGAUCACUUUACAUCACCGGAUGAGUACGAGGAACAUCAGCUGUUAUAUGAUGCCAUCACUACCCAUGAACAGAACCUUGUAAUCGCCCAUGAAGGAGACCCACAAUGGAGGAAUGCUGUGCUGUCAAACACACCCUCGCUACUCGCACUCAGACACGUUCUGGAUGAAGGGACAGAUGACUACAAGAUCAUUAUGCUGAAUAAGAAAUACCUGAGCUUCAGAGUCAUCAAGGUCAAUCGUGAGUGUGUACGUGGCCUGUGGGCAGGGCAGCAACAGGAGCUGGUCUUCCUUCGUAAUCGCAACCCAGAGAGAGGCAGCAUCCAGAAUGCCAAGCAAGCCCUACGCAAUAUGAUCAACUCAUCCUGUGAUCAACCCAUUGGUUAUCCCAUCUAUGUUUCACCGUUAACGACCUCCUAUGCAGACAGUAGCGAGCAACUAGCUAGUGUGAUUGGUGGAUCGCUAAGCUUCAGUAACAUCAGAGUAACAGUCCUUAACUGCUGGAGAAGAAUACGAAUGCACUGUGUGACAGGAUGCAGCAGUGGAGGCGGGGGACCAGACGGAGGUGAUAAAGAUGAUGCUGAUACAGUCACAGGGGGAGGGGCCAACACAAGCCACGCCCCUAGUUCACAAAGUGAGAGUGCAUCCCAACCACAGAUGGGUUCAACGGGUCAAUCCGAGACCUCCUCCCAACAGUUACAGACCCCCGGUCAUAACAGACAUAGUCUAGCCUCAAGUACAGGGUCAGUAGGGAAGCCUGGCAUGGGACGUAUUCCACUGGCUAGUCUGUUCAGUGAAUCUCCAUACCACAAAGAUCCGUACCUCGCACAUCGUGUCAGGAUCAUGGAUCCCAGUCUAGUCUACGAUACGCUCAACACCAGUAAGUUUGUCAUGUGGCCGGAGGAGAGUAUGAGAUCAACAGGGGGCAGGAACUCCUGGAAGGGCUGGUACCCCGAGGACGGUAUGGAAGGGACUGUAGUCCACACUUGGGUACCAUGCCACCGCGAACAAUUGCGGAGAUCGCAUAUCGAUCGGACGAUACUCUUAGUUCAGGUCGAUCAUAGGUUUGUGCCCAUUCCAGAAGGAGCUGUCUUGGAUCUAGGUGCAGAGGUAUAACGAAUGUUACCGCUUGGUGCCUUCAUAUUGGGAAUACAGUAUUCAACGGCAGGCCUAGGUGACAAUUGAAGUUUGCUACUUGACUGGUCGUACCACAAAUAGUCCUCACUUUGACACUAGUCGCCCUGGCUUAUACUCAACAUAUGCCAUGACACCAAGAUCAAACAUCAUUAGGUCAGUACUUCUAGUUCUUAAACCUUUUUUUUCGGAGGGUAAGCCCCUGUCAGAAUUGACGGUUGAAGUUAGGGCUACAGCUAUUUUUUUGCGUUGUCAGGCGUUAAGGUAUAGGACAUCCAUAGCAACACCCUUAGCAACAGCUGUAGCUGUAGAUGCCAACUUGGAUACGGCCUAUUAAUUGCUUUGAGAAUAACAGAUAUAUGGGUGACCUGAAGUCGGCUGCAAUAAUUAUUGUGCCAUCAAGAGUUGUGCCAUCAAGGAUUGCUGUAUUCGACAAGGCGGUAUUCAAGUAUUGCUGCUGCUGGAUGAGUUGCGAACCCAGGAUCGGCCACGUUCUCGACCUGUAACUGUGUAGCAGGAGAAGUGGAGAUUAUUGACGGUCAGUUGCUUGUUCGGGAUGGAUGCAAGAUUGAUGAAUUAAUGCUGCAGAUGAUGAGGAAUGGAUAGGUCACGAUUCUAGCAAAGCCCGGCGGGAAGGAAUCCCGUCAUCUCAUAAAUUCACCCUUUGAAAAUUUCAAGCAUCGCAGGCUUUUUAGAGAGAUCAGAAAUGAGAUAUUUCAGACUUUUUUUCUGAAUUCAGACUUUUUUUGUAAGUCUGCGUGGUAAACAAACAUCAUGCAGUAGUUUUCUGCAAAUUAAAUAAGUCCUGCUCUUUGAUCUACUUCCCUAGCACUGAGAAUUAUGUUCCUAAAAGCUCCUUGGAAUCUAUAACUCCAGGGGGUACCGAAAGAUGGAAAUGCCACCAUUGCAACAUACCUCCAAAGAUCAGGCUUUAAGUUUCAUCCCUGAGAGUGCAGAUGAUAUACUCUGACAAUCACGUCUGAAUACAUUGAACUGUGUUAUGACUGUCAGAGCCAAUGUUGCAGCAACAUCAUCCAGGAACCUGUCGGACAUAAAUAAAGAUAAAUCCUUUGCUCGAUGACCUAAGUUUUCAUUUCCAUGAAAGCUUUGCUCACCACAGCGCAUAGAAUUAGUUGAAACUCGACUAAUUGAACAGAUGCCAUCUUUAUAUAAUGUUACUGGUACCAUCCGUGGUGCGAGUAAAACAGCGAGUUUUAAAAAAGAGUAAUAAUACCAGAUAAAUCUGAUAUAAGAAUGUAAAUGCUCAAAAUGUAGAUAACUGGCUAACUGUCAAACUAUCAAUCAAAAAACUGUAUCGACCAAAUAUUAAUAAGCAAAUUCUUAUAUAGCGCAUUUCACAAUAAACCGUAUCAAUGCGCUUUACAUUAGUCCCCUGGUCAUUGGGCCAAUAUCAUCCCUUUAAUCUUUCUCAGUUCUCUAUAUAGGGAAUAUACAGUCCUUUGUUGCCGUGGCGCUCCGAAGGCUUUUUCAAUCACACUAACAACCUCUACCCUCGUAGGU